AUGCGUCAACUUAAAAUUGCAGAUGAAAAUCAAAAAAAAAAUACAUCAAAAUCUCAAAAGCAAGAAUUAUUUGAAUUAUUUGAAUUAUUUUCAGAUUCAAAAAUAAAAUCUGGGAAAUCUUUAGAUCCUAAUUUUAUCAAAGCUUAA